AUCCUAUCUGUCUCUCUGCUCUGCUGCUGUUGUUUCUUCUGCAUUUUCACCAGAUCCGAAGAUCGAAGAGGUGUACUGAAGAUGGUGAAACCGAGCUACUUGAAAAUGGUGACGGAUUCUGACGCUGCGGAUCUGAUCUCCAAUGAUCUUCGGGAGCUUGGUAACGCUGCUAAAAAGCUUGCUACACAUGCUGUUCAGCUUGGUGCUUCGGGUUUUCCUGCUGCUUUCCUCCAAUGGCUUGCUUCCUUUGCUGCUAUCUAUUUGUUGAUUUUGGAUCGAACGAACUGGAAGACGAAUAUCCUUACCUCGUUGUUGAUUCCGUACAUUUUCUUCAGUCUUCCUGGAGUGAUUUUCUUUUUUCUCAGGGGAGAGUUUGGAAAAUGGGUCGCCGCCAUUGCUGUUGUGCUCCGUCUCUUCUUCCCACGACGAUUUCCAGAUUGGCUUGAACUGCCUGGAGCUUUAAUACUUCUCAUUGUGGUGGCUCCGGGGUUGUUUGCGAGCACGAUGAGGAACGACGCCAUUGGAGAAGCAAUCUGCCUGAUCAUAUCAUGCUAUUUGCUGCAAGAACACAUCAGAGCCUCUGGUGGAUUCAGAAACUCCUUCACCAAAGCCAAUGGCAUCUCAAACACCAUUGGUAUCAUCCUUCUCUUUGUUUUCCCUGUCUGGGCACUGGUAGUUCGUGUGCUUUGAUUGGUUUGUUAAAUGUAAUUAUGCAUUGUUCUUUGUGGUGUUUGGGAAUGUGGGCUGUGAGAUUUGGGUUUACUCUUCUUUUUUUUAGCAAUUGGGUGAUUGUAUCAUUGUAGGCUGGAUCAGUGUAAAGUUGCAUGAGAAAUUUCUCUCACGAAAGAUUUGUCUUAUCAGUUCUUGUGGGACAAAAUGUGAAACAAUACCUGUUUAUGAAUGUGAAGAUUAAAGGAUCAAUGUGUUACAUAAUUA